GCGCAUUCCCUCCCCCCUUUGCUCUACCGGGGCAUUUCCUUCAACUUCUUCUUUUUCCCUGGGCCGUAGAGGCAGGAAAUGGUACGGCGCAUGCAAUGAGCGGAGCUCGUGUGCUUGCGACGGCGGUGCGCUGCCCCGGCCGGGCGAGCAUCGGAGGAGAGGCCGCGCGGAGGAUCCUGGCCGGAGGCGCACACAUACAGGCCCUCAACAGUCCUCAAUGGCCCGUCGUCGGCCAUGCCCUCCCCUCGACCGCCGAGUCCCGCCGAGCGAUACACGCGACCCUACCGACCCCACGGCCGUCGUCGCCAGCAUGGCGCGCCGAGCCCCCGCGGCCGCCGGCGUCGACGCACGACGCAGGAGACGAGCUCCCGGAGCAGCUCCGCGGGGUGAUGCGGCGGCUGGCGCACUCGGUGGUGGUCUGCACGGCGACGGACCGGAGGGGCCGGCCGCGGGGGAUGACCAUGUCGAGCUUCGUGUCGCUGAGCAUGGAGCCUGUGCCGUUGGUGACGUUCAACGUGCGGACGCCCAGCCGGACGCUGCAGGCGAUCCAGGACGACGACGGCGGCGGUGGCGGGCUGUUCAACAUUCACGUGCUGGCCGAGGGCGCCGAGGGCGCGCGCGUCGCCGAGUGGUUCACGCGGGGCAACGGCGCCGCCGGCGAGGGGCUCUUCCGCGAGCUGCCGGACGGCGUCGGGGUCUGUGAGGAGGACGGGGCGGCGCCUGUGCUGGAGGGCAAGGGGGUCCUGUACGUGUUGCGGUGUAGGGCACUCGGGGAGGGGAUGGUGAGGGUGAGGGACCACGUCGUCGUCGUGGGAGAGGUCGAAGGGGUGCUGAGGGGUGAGGGGGAGGGGUUCGGUCUCGUCUACGCGGACCGGCGGUAUCGGGUCUUGGGAGACGUCUUGGUCAAGGGAGAGGAGUGAGAGUUGGAGGGAGGGAGGGAGGUGCUUUGUUGGAACUUAUCAAGCGAGAAAGACGGCAAGUUGAGUGGCAUCGUGUACCAUACCGUGUAUAAAAGAUGAUUGAGAUGUAUACUAUAUUGAGGGAAUGCCACGCCCAAUCCAAAAACCAGUCGGUG